AUGGAUGCGCAAGACAUUGCUCAACAGUGUACCGAUUGUCCACCUUCCAGCACAGAAGGUUGGAAAGCAAAUCAUGUGCCAAAGGACUGGCGUGCGGAUAGAUGUCAGACCAUUCCUGUUUCUGGAAUUGCGGCUUGGGAGACGCAAAAUAAUCCCAUGCCACCCACGGUACCACCUCGUGGCCACGUAGUUGGUUAUGUUGCUGGAUCUAUGGCUUUUGUUCAUAUAUUGCUCAGAGAUACCUCUGGCGAGCCCAAAAUCGCAGAUCUUGAGCACACCUUGGCUGGUGACAAGAACAUUACCGGGCUUGAGAUCUCUGUGGAUCACGUCUGCAGAAUGAAUAUAUUUGAGCCCGCAAAGAAUUUGGUACAAGAAACACUGGAUGUGGAACUCACUGAAUUGGACAGACGAGUGGAUCACCUUGGCAAGAUCGUAGUCUACUAG